UACAAAAUGCUUUUAAGAAGUUUCUUGCUUACCUGUUUUCUAAGUCACUUGUUAGCUGCAGAGUCAUGGAAAAAACCAGGCUGUCAUAGAAUAGGUCACACAAGAACAAUAAGCAUCCCUGAUUGCUUGGAAUUUAAAAUAACGACGAACGCAUGCCGUGGUUUUUGUGAGUCAUGGUCUUUGCCUAGUAUCAUGCUAGGCUUCAAACGUCAUCCAGUUACUUCAUUGGGACAGUGCUGUAAUAUCAUGGAAUCUGAGGAUAUUCCGGUGAAGGUAUUAUGUCUGGACGGAGAAAGAAAUUUAAUAUUCAAAUCUGCACUAUCGUGUGCCUGCUAUCACUGCCAAAAGGAAUAAAGCGACUAAUUUAUACCAUUUACCAAUGACUUAU